CCAUGAUAUUUGUCCUUGAAGUAGCUAGAAGCCGUGCUAGUUGCUUCGUCUUGGCGACAUAGAGUGCAACAGUCCAGGCGAGGGAGAGCUCCGGCGUAAAAUGUCGGAAUUCGCACCCGCUGCGGGGCGUCUCGCUGUGCUAACGAGGCAAUUGUGCGCAGCGGCUGCAAGCGAGAGCACCUGGGAGCAUGUUGCACAGGCGCCCCCCGACCCCAUCAUCGGCGUUACGGACGCCUGGCGAGCCGACACCGACCCGCGCAAGCUCAACCUGGGGGUGGGGGCCUACCGCACCGAGGACGGCAAGCCCUUCGUGCUGCAGGCGGUGCGGGAGGCGGAGAGGCAGCUCAGCGCGGACCCCGCGGAAAACAAGGAGUACCUGCCUAUUUCCGGGCUGCCCGAGUUCUGCCGCCUGAGUCGCGGACUGGCGCUGGGGCCCACCUCGGUUGCCAUCCAGGAGGGGCGGGUGGCCACUGUGCAGGCACUCAGCGGCACCGGCGCCCUGCGAGUGGGUGCGGAGUUCCUGUCCACCCACUUGCCGCCCGCCCACCCGCGCAUCGUGUACCUGCCCAACCCCACCUGGGGAAACCACAAAACCAUCUUCGCUAAGGCGGGAUUCCAGGUUCGCGAGUACCGCUACUUCGACCCCGCCAGCCGCGGUCUGGACUUUGCCGGCAUGACCGCCGACCUCGCCUCCGCGCCCCCCGGCAGCGUGCUGCUGCUGCAUGCCUGCGCGCACAACCCCACCGGUGUGGACCCGGAUGCGGAGCAGUGGGGCCGGCUGCUGGAGCUCACCAGGGAGGGGCGGCUGCUGCCUUUCUUUGACAUGGCUUACCAGGGUUUCGCCAGCGGGGAUGUGGAUGCUGACGCGGCUGCCGUACGGCGGUUCGCGGAGGCGGGUCUUGAGCUGGUGCUGGCGCAGUCGUUCGCCAAGAACAUGGGGUUGUACGGCGAGAGGGCGGGGGCGCUGAGCGUCGUUACCAGGAGCAAGGAGGUGGCUGCCCGGGUUGAGUCGCAGCUCAAGCUGGUCAUCCGGCCCAUGUACUCCAACCCGCCCAAGCACGGAGCGGCCAUUGCGGCGCGCGUGAUGGGCGACCCGGGGCUGUGCGCACUGUGGAAGGAGGAGCUGCGCGGUAUGGCUGAGCGCAUCAAGGCCAUGCGGGCCGCCCUGUACGACGCCCUGCAGCAGCGCGGGGUGGCGGGCGACUGGAGCUUCGUGCUGCGGCAGAUCGGCAUGUUCAGCUUCACGGGCCUGACCCGCCCGCAGUGCGAGCAGCUUGUGUCCAAGUGGCACAUCCACCUCACACUGGACGGGCGCAUCAGCAUGGCGGGGCUGUCCGCGGCGUCAGCGCCAUACCUGGCGGAGGCGAUCGCGGAUGUGGUGAGCAGCGGCAGCAGCGCCUAGAGCAGCAGCAGCAGCAGCGGCAGCCGCAGCAGCAGCGGCUAGAGAUGAGGGUUUACCGGUGCUCGAGGGGGCUGGUUGGGUUGUUAGGGUUGUCUGGGCCUGACAGGGCUAACAGGGGGCGCACCGUUGGUCGUCUUGGCGGUGAUGUGUGUGAUGUGUGUGAUGGUGGCGGAGGACCGGAGGUGCGGUGUUGCUGCUAUGCCGCUACUCGAAUGCAUGCAUGCUGCUUGCAUGUGGCGGGGCGGGGCCGCUCGGUUUGAUGGCGCACGAGCACAAGUUGGGUAGCCGUGCUUGCCGGUGUGGUAAGGACAUUGCCGUGUGUGUGUGUGAUUCGAGCUUCCUGGUUAGGCAUAGCCAUACGCCCGGUCAUGGGGCGUGCCUCCGUUGUGCGUUGCAUGGUGGACUGCAUGUAAGCAGAUCGCAUAGUACGUAUCGGUGGUAUUUUGGGUUCGAUGCGGGUUCGAUGCGAUUGCAUCCAGGUGACCCAUGGGUCGGGUAGUGACCCACGGGUCGAGGAGGUGACCCAUGGGUCGGGUUGGGAAGUCGCGUUAUGGAAGGGCUGCGUGGGCAUCUGUGUGCCGUUGUAAGAGCUGAUCCGGAUCCCGAUGCGAGUAGGUCAUAAUACAUUGUGGCCUGCCGUCGCAGUACCCUCGCCACCACCGCUUGCUGCGCGGGGAGAUGUUGGGGAUGUGUAUUCACCCAUUCAACGAAGAGCUUAGGAACACACGUGCUUAUCCAAAGGGUAUGCGGAAGGGCACGUUGCUUUGCAGGCGUUACACAUCCUAAGAAACUCCUCUGUAUGCGCUAUUCGCAUUUGAGCUUGUGGAUUCUAUCAACUUGGAAAUCCCUUGGAACGCCGUACAUUGCAUACUUGGGUGCCACGCUGGCCACGCCCUAGCCCACUGAACCUGGCUGAGCGUACCUGUACUCUCGCCGCUCCGUCCUGCC